AUGGCUCCUUCGCUGCUUUCGCACGAUUUCCUUGCAAAGCCAGCCGCGCAUAUUGCAGCAUCCCGCGUUAACUUUACUGAACAAGGCUUGCCAUGCUACGAUGGCGCAUACGCCGUGGUUCUCGACCAUGCGCUCACCCACGACGAAUGCGAGACUUUGGUCAAAGCGGCGGAAGCGAGCACGACCGAAGGCUGGGAACGAGCCAUGGUCAAUGUUGGUGGCGGACAGCAGGCAAUGAUAGAAGACAUUCGCUGCUGUGGUAGGAUUAUCUGGGAUGAUCACGAUGUGGUGUCUCGAAUCUUCCGUCGUAUCGAAAGUGUGCCUGAGGUGCGGGAGGUGCUGAGGUUGGACAAUGCGCCAGGCAUUGUGGGCAAGGGCCCGCUGAAGCGAGGCGAGGUAUGGCGCUUCACUCGCUGUAACGAAAGAAUGCGCUUUCUUCGGUACACAGGUGGUGAAUAUUUCCGACCUCACUGUGACGGAACUUACGAGACUCCUGAUAGAUCGGAGAGAAGCUAUGUGACUCUGCACCUCUACCUCAACGAUCAUCGUCCAAGGCGAAAGGAGAUACAGGCCAUGUUGCCAGAAGAGCGUGAACAAGCGGAAGCUGUACCGUUGGUCGGCGGUUCCACGACGUUCUACUCGCGCGAUAUGAGCAAAGAAGUGAAGGUGCUGCCGAAGGCGGGCCGGAUACUGCUGUUCCAACACCGGUCACUGAUACACGAGGGUGCGGAGGUAGUCAGUGGCGUUAAGCAUACCAUGCGUACUGACUUGAUGUAUGCACUCGACAAGGGAGAGAACGCGUAG